ACAGACAGACAGAUUAAAGACAUUAUCUAAUCGAUUACAAACAACGACAAAUCCAAAAACAACAAAAAAGCCACGAAAAAACAGAAUCACAUAUAUAAAUGGUAAUCUUCAAAUGUUAAUGUCGUCGUCUUGUUUUGCAUUGUUAUUAUCGUCGUCGUCGUCGUCAUCGUCAUCAUCAUCACGAUCACCACCAUCAAGAUUAUCAUCAUCAUCAUCAAAGUCAAAGUCAAAGUUACAAAAAUCAUUAUCAUUACAGAAUCAAAUAUUAUUAAUAAUUUUAUUCAUAAUAAUGAUAAAAUGUUAUCAUGUAAAAACAAUGUGGAUUAUUGAAUAUCAACCAUAUAAUGCAUUAAUUGGUGAAACAAUAUCAUUACCAUGUAAUAUAACACCACCAACAAGUGAUGAUGAUGUAUCAUUAAUAUUAUGGUAUCGUGAUGAUCAAUCAACACCAAUAUAUACGGUUGAUGCACGCGGUAUUGGUAAUAGUUUAAAAACGGCUAAACAUUUUUUCGAUCAAACAAUAUUAGGUGUUGAUGGUAUUGAUAAUAAUAAUGAUAAUGAUAAUGAUGAUCGUGUAACAUUCAAUAUAACAUAUCCAAUUUCAUAUCUACAAUUUAAACAAACAAUUGCACAUGAUACAGCUGAAUAUCGUUGUCGUGUUGAUUUUCGUCGUGAUCGUACUAUAAAUAGAGUGAUGAAAUUAAAUGUGAUUGUACCAGCCAAUAAAUUAAUAAUAUAUGAUCAAAAUAAUAAUAAUAUUAAUGAUAUUGCCGGUCCAUUUAAUGAAGAUGAUUCGUUAAAUUUAACUUGUUUAUCUGAAGGUGGUUAUCCAAAACCAAAAAUUCGUUGGUGGAAAGGUGAUCAAAUGAUUGGUGAUUAUAAUAUUGUUGUUAAUGAUGAUAAAGAAACAACAACAUUAAAAUCAUCAUCAUCAACAACAAUGUUUAUAGUAAAAAAUGUGAUAACAUUUAAAAAGAUGUUACGUGAACAUCUUAUGAUGCCUCUAACAUGUGAAUCAAUAAAUACAAAUCUUACAGUGCCUGUUACUAAAACAAUAUUAAUCGAUUUAAAUUUAAAACCAAUCGAAGUAAAAAUAGUACGACCAUUACAUAAUAUGACUGUUGGCCAACGAAUAGAAUUAAUUUGUCAAUCAAGUGGAUCAAGACCACCGGCAAAAAUUGAAUGGUAUAAAGAUGGAAAAUUGCUGGAACAUUUUAGUGAAACAACAUCAGAUGAUGGUUCCGUUACAACUAAUUAUAUGGCAUUCAUACCAACAAUCGAUGAUAAUGGUCGACAAUUAAGUUGUGUGGCUAAAAAUCCACAAUUCAAACAAUUCAAAUUAGAAGAUCGAAUUGAAUUAAAUAUACAAUAUGCACCAAUCCUAUCAUUAUUGUUGGGAGCAAAUGCUAAACAACAGGAAAUUGUUGAACAUAGUAGUGUCUAUUUUGAUUGUAAUAUUCAAGCAAAUCCAUCGGUAGAAGAAUUUGGUUGGCUUUUCAAUGGAAUCGAAUUGAAUCAACCGUUGAAUAAUGUUGAUGAUAAUCGAAAAUUGAAUGAAAGUCGACAAGCAAUCAAUAAACAUCAACAACAUUAUCAUAACAGCGAUGAUGAUGUUGUCGACAACAACAACAACGAUAAUAACGAUAAUGGAAUCGAAAUACGAAAUAAUUCAAUAAUAAUCAAUAAUGUUAAUCAUAAACAUAUUGGUGGUUAUCAAUGUUGGUCUCGUAAUCGUUUGGGUAAAAGUUUUAGUGAAAUUGUACAGCUUAAUGUUAAAUAUUCACCAAUUUGUUCAACGGAUAAAACAAUGACAUUUGAAUUGGAAUUAUUUGAACAAUUGUCCAUUGAAUGUACUGUACAUUCAGAUCCAAAAGAUGUUAUGUUUUUCUGGGAAUUUAAUUCAUCAUCCACAUCCACAUCAUCAUCCGCAUCGCCUACAGCAGCUGAUAUGUCGAUCAUUGUUGAACAUUCAAACAACAACAACAUGAACAACAAUGAUAACAAUGUUUUAGAUUCUUCUUUUACAUCCGAAAAUCAACAACAACAAAAACAUCCAUUAAUGAAUAUUGAAAAUUUUGAAAUACCAUAUUAUCGUAGUGUUAUACAUUUUCGUCCUAGUUCAAUUGAACAUUUUGGUACAUUAUAUUGUUUUGCACAAAAUCGUAUUGGUCGUCAACAUCGACCAUGUAUAUAUCAUAUUCAUAAAUCAGAAACACCAAUGGCGCCAAAAAAUUGUUCAUUACAUAAUAUAACAUCAACAUCAUUAACUGUACAAUGUCCAUUGACGAUAACAUCAUCAUCUUCAUCUUCAUUGAAUAACAGUGGCGUUUAUUUGAAAAAACAUUAUUCAAAAAUAAAUGAUUAUAAUGAUGAUGAUGAGCAUCAUCUAUCGGCAAAAAAUAGCAACUAUUAUUAUAAUUAUAAUUAUAAUUAUAUUUUAUUAAUUUAUAAUGGUUUAAAUCAUAAAUUAAUUAGAAAUUUAACACAAACACCAACAUCUUCUUCUUCGUCAUCAGCAAUGAUUCGAUUUGAUGUAAAUAAUUUAUCGGUUGAUGAUAUGGAUAAUCUGAAUAUAUUUAUCUAUGCUGUUAAUCAAAUGGGUGGACAAAGUGAAAGAAUUCUUGUACCGGCUACGAAUCUGGUUGGUCAGCCAAAAAAAUUGGAACACAUUGAACAAUUUCGUUUAAAUAAUAUUCGUCCAUUUCUUUUACUAAUAUUCAUCGUUGGUUGUUUGAUAACAUCGAUCGGUAUUUUUAUUAUUAUGUUUUCAAUACGUCUAAAACGUCGACGACAACGUUUACGACAACAAACUAAAACAGCUAAAACAACAGCAACGAAAAAAUAUUCUAAAAAUUCUAAAAACACUAACAAC